AUGUCAAACUCAGCUGGUUUCGACAGACACAUCACCAUCUUCUCCCCAGAGGGGAGAUUAUACCAAGUGGAAUAUGCCUUCAAAGCCAUAAACUCCUCCAAUUUAACAUCAAUUGGAGUUGUCGGUAAAGACUCGGCUGUCAUGAUUUCCCAGAAGAAGAUCCCCGAUAAGUUAUUGGAUUCCAACACCAUCUCAUACAUUUUCAAGAUCACCCCUUCCAUUGGGAUGGUUGCAAGUGGAUCUAUAGCUGAUGCCAGAUCCCAGGCAUUACGGGCCAGAGCUGAAGCGGCAGAGUUCCGCUACCAGUACGGGUAUGAGAUGCCGGUGGAGAGUUUGGCUAAAAGAAUGGCCAACUUGGCCCAGUUAUAUACUCAAAGAGCCUAUAUGCGUCCAUUAGGAGUGGCAUUGACUUUUUGUCAAGUGGAUACUGAAGAUGAAGACCGUGGGCCUCAGAUUUUCAAGUGUGAUCCUGCUGGGUACUACACGGGUGUAAAGGCGGUAUCUACUGGACCUAAACUGCAAGAAGCCACCACAUACUUGGAAAAGAAGUUUAAGAAGAUGGACCACGUCAAAGGUGACUGGAAGGACACCGUGGAGUUUGCAAUCAAUGCAUUGAGCUCGGUGUUGGGAGCCGAGUUCCGUAAGAACGACGUGGAGAUCGGAGUGGCUACUGAAGAAGGGUUCCGGAUUUUAAGUGCUGAUGAGAUUGACGAACGGUUAGUUGCCAUAUCCGAACAGGAUUAG